GGUCACCCAAGGAUUUUCUUCGAUUUCGUGAUUAACCAAACUGAAGAUCAAUAAUUUGGGUUCGACCUGAAUAUUGAUUUUUUUUUUGUUAUUUUCUCUUUUUAUUGUUGGAAGUAUUUUCACCCAAUUUUGUAUUUCUAUGGUUUUACUCAUCUUCUAAUUGGAAUCACUUUGUGUAUGUGUGAUCAUCAUAAUCUAUUAGGUUUGUUAUAAAAUCAUUUCACUUGGUCCAUUGUCUCUUGUUUAUUUUUUUUCUUCUUCUUGUUCAGCUUUUGAUUUUAUGUCAUUUCUCCUGUUAGAUUAUUACUAUUAUGGUUUAUCCAAGUGGCAAUAUGAGUAAUAGUUCUAAUUGUUCCAAUUCUACAAAUAAUUCUGGUAGUAGUAAUUCUGCCAAUAGUAGUGUUGCCUCGGCUGCCAAUUCCACUAAAAUCAGCCCAUCGUCCAGUGGGAUUACUACACCAACUCGGGUUAGUAUAAAGGAGGCCAAUGAUCAUCUACAAUUACUUCAUUCUCGUGUUACAGAAUUGGAAACCAUAAUUCGUUCACAAAGUGAUCAAGCUGCUGAACAAGAGGAAAUUUACCGUCGACAAUUAAAAGAAUUAAAAUCCGCUAAAGAGGCUCAAAUUGAUGAACUUACCAAGACAAUUGUUCGUCUAGAAGAGAAAUUAAAAGAUUUAGAAUGUUCCAUAAAACAAAAGAAUGAGAAACUCGAAGAGAAUCAGAUUCGUUUAACUCAAGUGGACCAGUUAACUGAUUUUUUACCCAAUUUAGAGAAAUUUAUUCUUUCACUGAAACAAGUCACUCUCACCGAGGAAAAUGUGAUCUCAUCAAUAAGUAAUAAUGAACCGACUCUUAGUAAAUCAAUUUCUUCAACUGGAUUUACAGGCCAUCAAGAUAUCAACAACAACGACAAUAUGUCGGACAAUGAAAACAACCCUUUUCAAUGUGAAAACAAUUCUCAAAUGAUUGAUGGAGAUUCUCAAGUUAAUGUGAAACAAGCUGAUAAUCAAACCGAUAAUAGUUCAUCUUUAAUUGACAUGGCCUGUCAAACAGAUAUAAGCGGUAUCGUUGGUGGAUUAGUCAAAACUGACCUGAACGGUAUUGAUGAGAAACUAAUUGAAACCAACACUGAUGAUCUAAUUACAAUGAGUGGCAUCAGUACUAUUGGUGGUUUAUGUUCAUCUGAACCUUGUUAUUCAAAAAGAUCUUCAAUCGAUGAAACAAAUAAUAGCAAAGAGAAACAAUCGCCCGAAGAAAAGCCGACUACUAUUCCAAUCAGUGGAAAUGGAAUAGAUCCUGUUUGGAAUUCUGAUAAACAGAUUAGAACUACUCGAACUAAUCGAUCUCGUAGAAUUAGGAAAAGCUCAUCAGCUGUUAAUUAUCCUUUUACAUCAUCAUCAUCAUCAAAUAAUUGGGAGAAAGAUUUCUACUGUGGACCAUCAUUAACUAAUCCAGUAUUCGGACCUGGAAGGACAAUUGGUUAUAAAAUUCAUUCUAAUGGUUCAUCAUCAUCUCACCUUUCAGGUAAAAUCGAGAGGAGCUUCAGUAUUACAAGUAACUUCUCAGAAGAUGAAGAUUUCCCUUCCAAUGGAACUCGAGGUUAUCACAAAUAAUGAUUACUCUUUUCCUUUUCUAAUUAAUCAUCAUCAUCAUCAUCAUUUGACGUGUUUCAUCCAUUUUAAUUAUAAUCAAAACGAGUGACUCCCAGUAAUCAAAUUAAUCCGCAACCACUGACACACAAACACAAAGCUUAAAUCAAUCUAUGAUACUCAUGGUAAGGACAAAGAGACUUUGAUUUAAUCACCAAACCAAAAAACGCAACACUCAUUUUUCCCCCUCUGGUCAAGAUUAAUUACCAAAAAACUAGUCAUUUAAAUUAAUUGUAAAUUAAUUAUAAAUGUAAUUAUGAUAAGUUAUUUAAUGAAUAAGUAUUAAUUUAUACAUAACAAAUAUAUUUAUGUAAAUAUUGUGCGAUGUCAAUUUUAAUUAUAACUGUUGGUAAUUAAAAUUAUGCAAUUCAAUGAAAA